AUGGACCUUUCUCGAAACAACUUGUCUGGUCAAGUUCCAGACUUCUUUGAGGCUUUCAGCUCCAUGUCACUUCUCAAUUUGUCAUUCAACAACCUGGAGGGGCCCAUGCCAACUGGUGGGAUCUUCCAAAAUGCAAGCAAGGUGUUCGUCCAAGGGAACAAAGAGUUGUGUGCUGUCUCGCCACUAUUGAGUUUGCCACUUUGCCACACAGCUGCCUCUCAACAAAGGCAUAGAUCCAACAUUGCGAAUAUAGUAGGACUUUCUGUUCUUGCCUUAGUGAUGUUAUCAUGUUUUGGAGUCAUUUUCUUGAAGAAGAGAAAGAAAGUCAAACAAGAAGAUUAUCCAUCCUUUGAGGAGUUAAAGAAGUUCACAUAUGCUGACUUAGUGAAAGCAACAAAUGGUUUCUCAUUAGCCAACUUGGUUGGUUCAGGAAAGUAUGGGUCCGUAUACAAAGGUAGAAUUGAGUCUGAAGAAGAUGCAGUUGCUAUCAAAGUUUUCAAACUUGAUCAGCCUGGGGCGACGAAAAGCUUCGUUGCUGAAUGUCAGGCACUCAAAAACACUCGUCAUCGUAAUCUUGUAAGGGUGAUCACUGUAUGCUCGACGAGUGAUCUGACAGGACAUGAGUUCAAAGCUCUUCUCCUUGAAUAUAUGGUUAAUGGCAACCUUGAAAGUUGGCUCCAUCCAACACUCCACGAGCAACAUCUGAAAAGGCCCUUGUCCUUGAGUUCAAGAAUAGCAAUAGCAGUGGACAUAGCAGCUGCUUUGGAUUACCUGCAUAACCAAUGCAUGCCUCCUAUGACACACUGUGAUCUGAAGCCAAGCAAUGUCCUUCUGGAUGAUGUCAUGGGCGCAUGUGUUGGUGACUUCGGGUUGACUAAGUUCAUACACAGUUAUACUUCAAGGAUUGAUGGUUCUACAAGCUUAGUUGGACCAAGAGGAUCAGUUGGAUACAUUGCACCAGAAUAUGGCUUUGGGAGCAAAAUCUCCACUGAGGGUGAUGUUUACAGCUUUGGAAUCAUCGUCUUAGAAAUGCUCACAGGGAAGCGUCCAACUGAUGAGAUGUUUAAAGAUGGCCUGAGCCUUUACAAUUUUGUGGAAAAAUCAUUUCCUAAAAAGAUUGGUGAGAUUCUAGAUCCGAGAAUCAUUCCUUAUUAUGGGGACCAAGAUGAAGAAGCAGCAAGUAGUCCAAACCAAGAAAAUCAUCAGCAAAUGGCUGGAAUGAGCUGUAUCAUCGAGCUCGUUAAGAUUGGCCUCAUGUGCACUGCGGAGACACCCAAAUAUCGCCCCUCGAUGCAGGACGUUUACAUUGAGGUCACCGCAAUCAAAGAAGCAUUUUCAGCACUGCAGGGUUGA